CCGUGGCGCAGGCCCGGCGCGCUGACGUGCUCUCUAUGCUCCGGGAGGACAGAGUGGCUCCGCCGUUGCCAUGGCUUCUGAGGCCCGCUGCUGGAGGGAGCCAGCUUGCUUAGGCGUCUGCUAGCUUCCGAGGCGCCGCGGACCCGGAAAUCGGAAGGGAUCCGGCGCGGUGGGUUUGGGGAGCCUGGUACCCCGGAACUCCAGAGAGCGGCGGGGAGCAGGGGCAGCGUUUUCUUCCCGAAUUGCUGAGUAUAGCGCAUCUCCGCAAGCCCACUCCCACUGCUCUGGAGCAGCCAGCAGUGUGGAAGAAUGGCCGUCAGCCACUCAGUGAAGGAGCGGACCAUCUCAGAGAACAGCCUGAUCAUCCUGUUGCAGGGCCUCCAGGGCCAGGUAACCACUGUGGACCUGCGGGAUGAGAGCGUGGCCCGGGGACGCAUAGACAAUGUUGAUGCUUUCAUGAACAUCCGCCUGGCCAACGUCACCUACACAGACCGCUGGGGGCAUCGGGUCGAGCUGGAUGACCUCUUUGUGACGGGCCGUAACGUCCGUUACGUCCACAUCCCAGAUGAUGUGAACAUCACCGCCACCAUUGAGCAGCAGCUGCAGGUCAUCCAUCGGGUGCGCAACUUUGGCGGCAAGGGCCAAGGCCGGCGGGAAUUUCCCUCCAAAAAGUAUAAAUGAGCCUGUCCCAUGAGCAAGCUCCAGUCCCCACUCAGGUUCCUCCAGCGUUCUACUGAGCCAACUGUCUGCCGUCCUUCACUGCCCAGAACCUGGGAAGGGAUGGGGCCCAGCCCAGAACUGAUGUCUCUGACAGACACCACCUGUCACAGCUGCCUUUCAUAGGGUUCUACUUCCCAGACUCACCCUGGGACGCAGAAUCCUAUUUUUCUGACUGUGGCCUUGGGGUAGGUGAAAAUCCUCCCUUUUGAUCAUUUGUAUCUGAAUCUUUUGAUAUACUGGUUUAGAGAAUCUCUCAAAUAGUCUUCAACCCUCUCCCAGUGAGUGUUAUUAAAUGUGCUCAGCCUGAGCCACCCCUAAGUGUCCCGGUUUCUCUUGCAAUUGUGUUUGUUUUCUCAUAAAACUAAAUUUGGA